AUUUCUUAUUCCGUCCCUAACAUGAACUCCUCCCCUCCAUCAGAAAUGGUUUCCCAACCUUUGGAACAGCAUCCGCUGUAUAAGGCUACGGGAAAUGACAAACGCGACCUGUUGGCCUUUUUCCAUGUCUUGGAGCGAUUAAAGACCCAAAAGAGAACUGGCUGGGUAGACCACAAGAUUCCCGAUCCAGAGAGCAUCUCGGACCACAUGUAUCGGAUGGCGAUCAUGGCGAUGUGCUGCUCUGACACGACGUUGGAUAUCACAAAAUGCGUACUGCUGGCUCUCGUACACGAUAUCGCUGAGGCGCAAGUGGGCGAUAUCACUCCUCGACAUGGCUUCUCGAAAGAAGAAAAAGUGAAAAUGGAAGAAGGUACGAUGCAAAACUUUGUGCACGAGAUGCUGCACGACAGUCCUGCGGCGCGGCGCAUAAUGGAUUUAUGGAAGGAAUACGAAGCUCGUGAGACGCCUGAAGCGCUGUUCGUCAAGGACCUCGAUCGAUUCGAAAUGGCUGCGCAGGCCUUCGCAUACGAGCGACGUACAGGCCUGGAUCUGGAGACGUUCUAUGAUAGCAGUAUUCCCAGCAUUCGACAUCCCGAAGUUCGCUCUUGGGCAACGGAGCUCGAGGUGGAGCGAAAGGAAGCACGGGAAGGCAGGACAUCGGUGACAGCCGACAACUCUGGGUCUUCAGCUCCGUAGCCAUGUCCUUAGAAUCCCGGGGUCACCUUCGAUCGCCUUUAGAGCGUGUCAGAAUGCCGAC